AUGGCGCAGCCAGAUUAUGAUGACGAGGAUUAUUUUGUACCCCUCGAGGACCAGCGCGUGUUCGGUGCUGGCAUAAAGCGAAAGCGUGUUCCCUUCGUUCGAGCAUCUGGCGAUCUCCACACGACAGCGCCGUCCGCUCCUACAAGCAAUACGCCAGCACGGAGUGUUGCAGACAUUUAUUCUUCUAUCGUGCUGUCGAAGAAGCAUAAAAAUGAUACAAAUAAUGCAGAUAAUGCAGAUAAUCAGGAGAAAGAGGUUGUGGCGGAUUUGAAGGACGAAGCUUUCCCCGCACCAGUUGCGAUACCGUCGUCGAAGAAUACGAUCGAUAACAAGCCUACGGCUGAAAUACGGAAUCAGGCUAUUACAGUCACCAAAGAGAUUGUUUGCGAAAUCUGCAAUCUUCCUGUCACUGUAAAAGCGACAAAAGAGACCGACCUUGACGAGAUCGAGACAACAUCCACAACCACCAAACACAGACCCCACGAAGCCUCAAUGGUCCACCAAAUCUGCCUCCAACACUCCCACCCUCCAUCACAUCUAGAUCGUACCCGUCACGGACUCCGCUAUCUCGCCUCCUACGGCUGGGACCCCGACAGCCGCGUGGGCCUAGGCGCAGAAGGUCGUACCGGCGUCCUACAACCCAUCAAACCCAAAGCUAAGACUAGCACAUCGGGUUUGGGUCUGAGAAAAGAAGAUGAAGAAGCCAUUGCAGCGAGGAAGGGUUUACGGAAACAGCAGCAGGAAGAGAGACAGAAACUCAAUGCGAAGCAAGUACGGCUAGCGCAUUUGGCGGAUAAGAAGAAAGGGGAGAAGUUGAGGGAGUUGUUUUAUGCUAGUGAUGAUAUCCAGCGAUACUUGGGGGGUGGGUAA